AUGAAUCCUCCCUACUCCGAAAAGGAGGGUUUUCCACAGCAGCGUAGAAUGAGCGACUCGGAUGCCCCAUCCUACACACCAUUCCGUACAACAUUCGCGUGUCUCUCACUACACCAAAGCGAUCGUAUUCGAAUGAUGCAAUUCCGCCCCGAAGACGUUUCAGCCACCCGAAGCGUAAUUCAGCGCCAUUGGACUAAAGGACUACAAAGCGAACGAAUAUACAGCGCCUCAUACGAGUUCAAGCUGAGUGGCUAUCCUUGGUACGGCCAAGGUUCCGAUGCCAUUGCAUCACGAGUCGUGGUACGGGAGAUAUUCGCCUAUUUGUUUAGCCAGGGAUGGAUAUUACAUUUGAGUACAGAUGUUAGCAGGAGUAAGUAUGACAAGGAUUCGUUGAUAUUUAGAAAACAACAAACGCCGCCCCCACCUAGCGAAUUUAUUGCUAUAACUUUCAACCAGGGGGACCGGAUGAGGUUGAUUGGUGCACCUAAUGCUCUGCUUGCCGACGUAAGGAUCUUGUUGAAAGAGAUGAAACUCCUGCAAGCCGAAGAUUGGAAAGAUGGAAAGCUCCAAGCAUGGGAAUAUAAGAUGUAUGGAUGGCCAUGGCAUGCUACUGGCGAGGAGACAAUGACGACAAGAUUGCUGCUGUUGAAGUUAUUAGAGACGUUGGAAAGCAGAGGCUGGAGUGUUUAUGCUAGUAUUGACCAGACCACAGGAACCGAGGACUGCUCUGAAACAGAUAGCUGGUAUGUAGUUAAGGAACGGGGGUGGGUUGAGGGGAGUGCUGUUUUCCAUCGAUAG